AUGGAACGAUCAUCAACAGCAGGUCCUGUGCAAAUUGUAUCGAUCACUGAUGAUCAUAAAUUUGUGCUCGAUGAAAAGAAAUUAAAAGAAAUUUUGUAUCAUAAACGAGCCCAAGGAAAGAAAAUCUCACUCGUGUCAAUCGCCGGCGAUUUUCGUAAAGGAAAAUCGUUCAUGCUUGAUUUUUUCCUUCGUUAUUUAAGAGCAAAAGAUCAUAAGGAAUGGAUGGGGAAAGAAAACGAACCAUUGAAAGGAUUCGACUGGCGUGGCGGUGCUGGUCGUCAUACAACAGGCAUGCUUAUGUGGAGCGAACCGUUUCUAAUGUCAUUGCCAAGUGGUGAAGAAAUUGCCGUUCUGCUUAUGGACACUCAGGGAACAUUUGAUUCAAAUUCGACUGUAUUCGAGAAUGCUUUCAUAUUUGCAUUGACAUUACUUGUUAGUAGUGUCACUGUGUAUAACAUAAUGCAUAAUUUACAAGAAGAUAAUUUGCAACAUCUAUCAUUUUUCGCUGAAUAUGGAGUUUUAGCACUUGACGCGUAUCAUACAUCACCGUUUCAGCAAUUAACAUUUCUUGUACGUGAUUGGCAAUUUGAAUAUGAAACACCGUAUGGUUUUGAGGGUGGAGAAGAUAUUCUAUCUGAUCGUUUACAGAUUCGAGCAAAUCAACAUCGCGAUCUGGAACUUGUCCGUUCUCGAUUACGACAAUGUUUUCGUAAAGUAAAUUGCUUUCUAAUGCCACACCCUGGUCUUAAAGUCACCAAUCGGCGGGAUUUCGAUGGAAGACUAGGAGAUAUCGAAAAAGAUUUCAAAGCACAACUAAACGCCUUCGUACCUGAACUCUUCCGAUCGGACAAUGUCAAUUUCGUUAAAGAAAUCAAUGGCGAAUUCAUCACAUCCACUCAAUUAUUCGAAUACUUUCGAAGCUACUGUGCAGUGUUCGCUUCAGGUGAAUUACCAUCGCCCAAAGCAAUGCUUGAAGCAACAGCAGAAGCAAAUAACUUAGCCGCGAAAGCUGUUUCGAAAGAAUUUUAUAUUCGUGCAAUGGAACAACAUUGUGGAGGUGAUCGACCGUACAUACAUCCUAAUCAAUUAGAUGUUUUACAUCAAGAAGUCCGUCGACAGUCAUUUGAAAAAUUUCGUUGUGCGCGAAAAAUGGGCGGCGAACAGAUGUCGCAAAAUUACCAGCAAGAAUUAGACAACGAAAUCUUCGAACUUUAUGUUAAUUUCAAGAAACAUAACGAUUCGAAGAAUGUAUUCGCAUUCAGUCGCACACCUACAACAUUUAUAUUAUCAAUGAUCUUGUGUUAUAUGAUUGCUGGUCUACUCGAUGCCUUUUGGCUGGGACGCGUUGCUCUUCUAUUCAUGUUUGUAUUCUGGCUGUGCUUUGUUCUAGUGUCGGUAUGGUUAUAUACAAAAUAUUCAGGAGAAUAUGUAGAGGUUGGAGAAAAUAUCGAUUAUUUUGCUGACGUUGUGUGGAAUAAUGGUUUUCAACCUGUGUACUUGCAUUGCCUACGUUCAACGAUGAGAUCUGUUCUUGGAAAUGCGAGACUCGACUAG